AGAGCCUCACAGUCACUCACUCAGUCAGUGAACCAAGUUUCCAGCGACUCAGCCAUCACGGUCUCUGACUUUGUUUAACGAUAUGAGCUCACUCGGCGGCUGUGGAGGGGAUUUGAGCCGCGGUAGGAGUCCGUGAUAGUGGGUUUAAGUCGCGGAGGGCGGGCUCGGUCCUGCCCGGGUGCAGGAGAAGCAGAAUAUGGGUCAGACUGCUGUGUCGACCGUGUCUCAGGCUGCGAGCGUUGAUGGGUUGGAAAAAGCAUCAAUUGCCAGCUGUGAAGUUGCUGUGGAAAGUGCCUCCAACACCCAGAAUGCCCCUGGAUCACGGCAGCAGCGAGGCAAGCUGUCAUCAUUAGGAAAACUGUUUAAACCCUGGAAGUGGAGGAAGAAAAAAACCAGCGACAAGUUCCAGGACUUAUCCAAAGUCCUAGAGAGAAAAAUCUCCACCAGACAGACGAGGGAGGAGCUGAUCAAGAAAGGAGUUCUAAUUCCUGACCAAGAGGAAACGAUUGGUAGUGAAAACCUGAAUGGUCAUGCCACAUCAACAGAAACAGCAGAGGAGGUCAAAGUUGACAUUGAGUCUCCAGAAACAGUACUGGAGGAACAGGCCGUUGGAGUUGCCAGCACUGAGGACAAAACAGAGAAGUGUGAUACUAAACCCCUCCCUCGGACAAACCAAGCCCGACUUCGAGAUGCUCAAGCUAAAAAACAGCAAAGCACCAAUCUGCCUGCCUCUUCCAAGCCUGUGGGUGGCGCCGCUGCCACAUCCAGGCACAGAGAUGGUGCAGCGGGAACUAAAAAGACAGCUAAAACCACAGGCAAGACAGGCUCAUCCACUCAAGCUAAAGCUAACCCUCGGAACACUAACACUGCUGGUCGAGGUACCGUUAAAUCUUCACACCCAAAGAAGACAGGAUCAGCAACAAAAAACACCCCUGUCUCAACUUCAAGCUCCACUUCCACCCCUCGUUCUCGCGUGUCUAAAGACACUGCAGCACAGACAGCUGGGACAGAUGGAAGGACCAGCCGGAAAUUAGACACUCCCACUUCUUCCUCAGUACCUCAGAAGGCCUCUGCAGAGACUCCUAGCCAGCCUGGGGAGCUGAAAUCCUCCCCCCUAUCCUCAGACACCAAGGCAGCUGGCUCAUCUAAAGCCUCGGGUUGUGAGACAGGGGGGACUCAGACUGCUUCUCAACCUGGUCCUGGGACUAAAUCUCCUCCUAAUGCCUCUGCUGUGGGUGAGGACAGCCUUAAAGAUAAGGCUGCUGAAGCCCCAGUCCACACUCCCCACAUCAACUCUGCAACGGAGGACACCUCCUUCACAGAGGGAGAUACUGACAGCAGCUCAAAGGGGGAGACAGGGGGGCGGGCAGGAGGGGAGGGAGGAGAGGAAGAAAAGAAGAUACAAGAGGGAGAAAUGGAGUCUGCUGUGGAAAAUGGCCCAAGAUUAGCUGAAGGCCAACCUGAAAAACCAGCAGGCCUCUGUGUGAACAUGGAGGAGGCCAUGGUGACGGUGAUCCCUGAUAGACCAAGAGACAGCACAACUAGUGACUCUGACUCUGAUGGACCAAUCAUUUACCGCAGUGAGGAGGAAGAGGAGGAGGAGGAUGAGUACACAACCAGCAGUCUGGCCAUGAAGAUCCGCCGAAGAGACACCCUGAACAUCAAGCUGGGGAAUCGACCCAGUAAGAAGGAGCUGGAGGAGAAAAACAUCCUGCCGAGAAGCUCAGAGACUGAGAGACACGAGCUUCGCCAGCAGAUAGGCUGCAAACUAGUCAGGCGCCUGAGCCAAAGACCAACCACAGAGGAGCUGGAGCAGAGAAAUAUCCUCAAACAAAAGAAUGAAGCAGAGGAGCAAGAAGCCAAGCAAGAGAUUAAAAGGAGACUCUCCAGAAAGCUGAGUGUGAGGCCGACGGUGGCAGAGCUUGUUGCUCGCAGGAUUCUUCGGUUUAACGAGUACGUGGAGGUAACAGACGCCAAGGAUUAUGACCGGCGGGCAGACAAACCCUGGACACGGCUAACUCCUGCUGACAAGGCUGCUAUCCGUAAGGAGCUGAAUGAGUUUAAGAGUCGAGAGAUGGAGGUUCAUGAGGACAGCAAACAUCUCACCAGAUUCCAUCGGCCCUGAUCGUUCUCACUGCCAGCUGGACGUCAGCACCAUGAGCUCUCCGGUCCACAGCUCCCAGUAGUUUCCUCCCUCCACACCCUCUGUACACAGCUCAGUCCUCCCUUCCACUUCACAAUGAUACAUAUUUCUGUCUGUAGUGACAGCUACAGGUGUGUCUUAAGGCCUUGGCCAUCCAUGGACACUGAUGAAACAUUUGCACAGAUCUAUCAGAACAGUGGUGUGUAUAGCACCCUGAUUAUUUAUUGUAGAUGGCCAAAACUUGCUGUUGUAUCUUGUAUUUUUGUUUUGUUUUGUUUUCGUUCACUUCAGGCUUUGUAAUAAGAUGAUGCAGGGGGGAUAAAUGAGUUAAAUUACCCUCAGAGUAGUGAAUGUGCUCUGUUUGUCAGAGUUAGUGUACUUGCCAAGGUAUGCCUUGUCAAAAACUGCCAAAUGGCCAAAUAUGGGCAUCCUCCUACAACAGGAAAUGGGAGUGAUUGGAUGGUUGCCUGCUGAUGUCAGUGCCUGUGUCAUAGAUCAGAGGGGAGGAAAGGCAGUUUGUUCUGCUGUGUUGUGCCUCAUGGAGCUCAAACCGAUUUACUGCAGUUGAUUUUUAAACCUAUUUAAAGUAUAUUUGCCACUAGAGGGCACUGUAUCAUAAGAGAUGUAGACUGCAUGGAGAAGAGCUGCUCAUGUAGAUGAAGGGUAACCUGCAAGUGUUAUAUUUGUAUCUGCUGAAGCUGAGGGGUUCAGAGGACACCUAAGGCUAGAAUAAUGAAGUGCAAUGAAUAUCACUCCACUUUUAGCCAAUUGUAAUGUCUCAGCGCUCUAACUGAUGACUCGUGAUGGUCACGUACCAUCAAACAUCCUGGGAUGAAUUAUUGAGAGCCGACCUUUGAAUAUGAUCUGUAGAGGUUUUGACCUAAGUUAUUAAUUUUACACCUUUGGUGGGAGUUGUCACUCAGAGUGCCUAUCAACAAGCAGGAAUUUGAUUGUAUGUUGAUGUUUUUACUUGAAAUUUUACCAGUUUGAUUUUGAUUUAACUUUGCAGAAUUCAUUAUGGGAUUUCAUUCAGGUAGUUUGGAGAAGAAAAGGAUGGAAAGCACAUUAUUUUCUGUUACCUUGAACUUAUUUUGAAAUUUCUUGUCAGUAACAGAUAAUUAGCUACAUAAGGAGAGACUUCUUUUCAAGUGUUCCUUUUCACCUCAUCCUAACAUGAACCCCGACUUGGUUCUGAUUUUAAUAAAACAAUUUGGCUUCUGGCAACAAAAUCAUAAAAUUAAACUGAGAAUUUACAUUUAAAGGAAUUAUUGAACAUCUUAGAAAAUAUACAAUAAAAUUAAGAGUUAUUUUUAAGUAGACUAAAAAAGGCAUUCAUCAGGUACAGUUGUCAUAAUUUGUUAGUCAUUUCAGUAUUAUCCUAAGCAAUAAUACCAUAAUUCUUUACAUUUUUUGUUUUUAUGUUUUUCAAGAGGUUUUUUUUGCCUUUGUUACACUUCCUGAUCUUGCAAUUCACACAGGCUCCCCAAAAUUGGAUAAUAGAAGCUUAGAAAAUUGUUGGCUCGUCCGAUGAGUUUCAAACUCUGCCACAACACUCAAAUGGUAGGAUGAGGAUCUAGCAUAAACAACAGAAAAGCCUGACAGGACACCAACAACCAUGGCCCGUUCAAAGUCACUUAAAUCCUUUUUUCCCCAAUUUUGAUGCUUGGUAGGAACUUCAGCAGAUCAUUUUUACCAUGUCUGCAUGUUCAAAUGUACUGGUUGCUUAGGGCUUUCCAAAGAUUUAUGGAGUAGUACCCCUGUAGAAGAAAGUAGCCAUCCAAGCGGUCUCAGAGCUCACCCCAGGCUCAUUAAACAAAGAUAGGCACAAGUAAUAAGGGGGGGGGGGGUCUUCCCACAGGAAAUUUUGAGCAUCUUACACUAAAUUCCCAGCAGUCUAGUGAAUAUAAAAGCAACAAUUUGUGGGGAGAAUUCAAAUUUGUAAAUGAAAAUAUAGAUAUAUUAAAUGUUAAUUAAAGGUUCAGUUAUUUCAUGCAUGAAGCAUACAUUAUUAAAAAAUUUGAUCAUUUUUUUGCAUGGUCAUUUUAAAAUUGACUGGCUCAAUGCAAAAGGCAAUCUUACCAAAGAACUGUUUACCUUCUAAAACACUUAAAAGAAGACAUCCAGAGUUCAUGUCACAAAUCUUACAUGACAGCCCAAAAACAAAAAUGUUAAAUAGUGAUUUUACAAAAGAAAAGAAAGAUGUUUCCUCUUGAAUUACUUGAGUUCAUGUCAAUCAAUCAAUCAAUCAGUCAGUCUUUAUUUAUAUAGCACUUUUCAUACAAUGCAAUGUAGCACAAAGUGCUUUACACACAACAUAAAAUUAAAGUUAAACAUGGGGAACAUUGGGGAACACCAUACUUCAUGUCAUAAAAUUUUGAUGAGCAAUCCCCAAGAUUCACAUAAAACUUUCUAUCGCUAAGAUAAGAUUUGUCCAGUUGAAAUGAAUCUCAAAUGUAAAAAAAAAAAAAAAAAAAAAGUCACAAUUUGUUGCUCAAACUAUUUUAUGAAGUCAACAAUAGAAAAAAAGUAUAUGUAUAUGUUAAUAAGCAGCUAGGAUCUCAGUUGGAUAGAUUAUCAAUGCCUUCCAUUGUGUAAAUGUUUGGUUGAGCUACUAGAAAGACAAACCUCGUUUAAGCAAGAAACAAAAUCUUAGUGACAACAGUUAGAAAGAAAAUACACAAAAGCCCUUGAUCACUGUUAUGGAAGUUUAUAUUUAAAACUUAACAAAAGCAUUUAUCCUCCCUUUGUUGGCUGAAGAGUGAUUGAAACAUUGAGCCCGCUGGCGUCCAGAGACUGGUGCUCUUAUAAGAGACCCCCAACCUCUCCAUGACUCAACACUCUGACAAAAACAAACCCAGAGAGGAGAGAUUUAUUCAGAUUGUGCAGGGCUUGUACCAUGCAGUUAUGUACAGUAUUCAAUGAUGUCAAUGUCUAUGUUGUUAUAUAUUGAUUAUUUUGUACAGAAUGUAUAUCAAGCAUGUGCAUACAUUGAAUCCAAUUUUACCACCAAUAUAAAACAACAGAAGUUUGACGUGGACAUUUUAAGCUCUGAUUUUAGUUCUUUUACUGUCACCUUCAGACAAAGACGAUGAAAUGAGCAGCACAUAUAUACCAAACUGACCUGUUAACUAAGCAGACUGUAUGAAUGGACUCCAGAAAGAAAAACUACAUCAGAAAUUACCAGAAAUUUUCAGCUAGUUGCACUGUAAUAUGUAUUUAAACUACACUGGCCUAUCACAAAAACCCCUGUAAUAAGACCCCAAAAAUGUUUUAUUUUCAGAAACACAAAUUUAAGAUAUUUGCUUGUUUGCAUAUUUUGAAAAAAAUGGCACCAAAUUAAUAAAGUUACAAUGCUAACACUUUUUACCCAAACUCUUUAGCAUUUACAAGCAGUUUAAUAUUAUUUUUCAGCAGCUACCUGGUGAGCAUAGUGGAGUAUUAGCCACAUAGAUAAGGAAAGGCUUACUCAACUCGAAAUGGCGAACAUGAUCAAGCAUUGAAAAUAAGAAGUUAUCAUUUUAUUGUAUUUAUUUUUUUAAAGCUCAUGUGAGGAGUUAAUUGCUUGUAGUGAAAAAUUAAAGUAACAUUUUUUUUAUGAUGCAAAGAGAUCUAGUAAGAUGUUUUAUUCCUAUGAAGAUCAUUUGAAUGUUUGAAACAACUGCUGCAAGGCAGACAUCAGUUUAAAGCAAAUAACAGUGUGCUGCAGAAACAGGCUUGUUAGCUUUUCCUAUGGCGAACUGAAAGUUGUGUAUCUGAUUAAGGAAGUUUUCAUAAAUGAUGAAAGAUCAGCAAAAAGUAGAGAUGCAUGAAUUGUAAAAAAAAAAGGGGAAGAUACCAGGCACUUCACUGAUACCCCUACUGAUGUUUUUUCUCUUCAUCUACAGCACAUAUGCACUCUGUUUUCCUUUCUCCCUCCUCCCAGAGGUUAUAUGAGAAAAAAAUAAACCAAAAAUGUUGUCAUAUAGUAUCUAGGGUUGAAAUAUGGUUCUUUGGUGUUUAAAGCGGAUAAAGAUGGGCCUUAAGUAAUAUUUAGUCCACGUUGUGCAACAAUGGCGAGCUCCGUCCAACUGCAAGCUUCCGUUACUGGAAGCUUUUAAAAAAAGAUAACAGACUACUUCAGUGCAAAUAACAGACAAGCACAGAUUAAUAUCAUCUACACUUCACAUGAAAAGGGGUAAAGAUAAGUUUAAACAUUUUAAAAAACUGGACACAGUAUUCAUACGUCAGCUGUGAUCAGCUGAUGGCCAGCUGAUCCCAAUUAUCGCCUCCACCCCCAACAGCCAAUCACAAUUCUUUCUCUCAACACAGCGGUCUGUUUAAAUAUGACGUACUUCUCACCAAUCCAUGCCUGCAUUCAUAAUGAUGCAAUACUCUGCUGCUACUACUGCUGCUGCUGGCAAAGCUUAACCUGUUGAGAUUCAUGCUAAUAUAUAUUAAUUGAUGUUCACUCUGCUGUGCGGAGCUAAAUAUGGAGUGUUUGACAUGAAAGGGGUCAGAGCGCCAUCUACUGGAUCAAUAAUCAGUAAUCAUGUCUAAGUAAAACCAAGUCAUAUUCCCUGCACUUUAUUAAUAAAAAUACAAGGGUUAACGUGAACAUCUAUCUGCCAACUUUUGGCCACCCAUUCCUAUCCAGCAGUGAAGUGUACCAAAAAGAAUUAAAUUGAUUUGAUACAACAGAUAAACAUUAACUUCUUAAAUCUGUUCCUGCCACCAGUACCAAUUUUAAACUGAUGCAUUGGUUCAUCCCUAGCAAAAGGAAACUGAAGGUUCCUCACUUGAGCUUUAAAUCCUCAUAAUAAAACUGACUACAUUACCUAAACUGAAUUGCUUACAUAUUGCUUAUAAACAGAUAAAUUAAAGGUGAAAGUAAAAGUUAUCAGUAUUAGAGCUUGUGUACAUUUAGAUCUUACAUGUUUAAAACAUGGAUGUCUUUCUAAUUUAAAGUUCCUAAAGAGGGAGUCCUGCCCCAGACUGCUACCACUUCUACAUGAAGUGAAAUGUUUUCAGGCAUCAGUGCUGCUCCUGUUUUCAAAUGUUUGACUACAUCUAGCAGUCUGAGCAGCUGUAAGCCCUGACAGUUAAUGUUCAGUCAUAAACAGACAGUAUUAAUCACAGGGAGUGAGUCCUGUAAAAUCUUUAAAGGCUGGAGUCCGUUUCAUUUCAUCAUGUUGGCAAUGGAUCUGUAAUGCAAACAAAGUAAAACUCCUAGACAAAAAUCCUGAAGAAACAUUUUUAAAUACCUGCAUAUCUCUGCUUUUUGUUCUUACCGUAGAAAUUUUAAACCAGUCCAAAACAUAUUUAAAUUUCCUGCUCCUAUAAAAUUGGUUGCUUUGAAUCAUCAGUGGACAUGCUUCACAGCUACAUCUUUUAACAUUUCUAAACCUUUUAACAGUUGAGGAAAAUGUUUAUGUAAGAGGAUGUCUGCUGUGCCUCAUUCAUCUUUUCCCUAUAAAUCAAAUCCCCCACUCUCUGUUGAGCCAUAAUCAGACUGCUGCUGUCAUCAAUUGAAAGAAUUUAAUUUUCAGCAUGUAAUCUCUUCUUGAUCACAGGAAACUCACGGCAAGGUUUCAGGAUUUACUGGGGAUUCAAACGUUGCAUUUAUUCACGCUGUAAAUCUUCUGACUUUAAUGUUCAGUCACAGGAGUCAUCAAACAUCUUUUUUUUUUUAAGUCAUAGGAUGAAGUUGUGUAUUCCCAAAACUGCUACUGUUACGUCCAAACUGUGUAUAUUGUUUUUGUAUAUAAAGAAUCAUGGAAAAAUA